UCAAAUCCCAAUCGAAUCUGCUUCUGUUGUGUCUGCGAGUUUCGACCAAUGCAGAGGAUCUUCCUCACUGUCAAUGGAGGGAGUAAGCAGGUAGCUGUUCACCUUCAAGUUGCAGAGAUGCUGGCAUGGCUGAGACAGUCUUGAAGAAGCUUCCCAAAGACUUCUUUGCUUUUUUUUGCUGAUGAAGAGAUUCCUGAUUGACGGCUGCUGGUCACGGUGACAUCUGGCACAAUGGCUCUCAUCUCUAUUGAGGAUCUUGACGGCUUGAGCGAUGAGCAGGUGGAUGAUGACAUCACUGACAGCUCUGAGCCAAUGGAUGACGAGCAGCAGGACAGGAUGUAUGCCCAUUGGCAGGCGGUCGGAAGGACACAUCAUGUGUCUGUUCCAAGAGAGAUGAGAGGACCAAUUCAAGAGAUGACGAGAAGGAACACCGAACGAGAGCAAGUGCCCUCCGUCACCGUCUCCAUACAUGAGAAGCUCGGUGAGGUGUUGUACGAGGAGCGAAUGUAUCCUCCAGGAAAAUGGGCAUGUGUCAGUAAAGGCGAGGUGCUGUAUGAGCAGAGCAUCUCCAAUAGCUUCAUGAAACUCAUGCGCUUCAUCUGCAAAGAGAAUUCAACAGGACGGUACUUGGGCAUGUCUGUGCCCGUUGUGAAUGAGAUUAAGAUCUCGGAGGAUGGCAGUAAAUUUAUGAAGGAUGUGGUGACAGCGUAUUAUCUGCCUGCUGAGUUCCAAGCCAAUCCACCAGAACCCACCGAUCCAGAUAUCACUAUCAUCCACCGGGACACCAUCAGAGUCAUUGCCAGGGUUUUUUAUGGAACCACAACAGAGGAGACCAUCUCUCACCAGAUCAGCAUCCUUUGGGAGCUUCUUGGGAACUCUGAGGAUGUUCACCACGACCGCUACAUGGUGGCCGUUUAUGAGAAUCCUGGCGUGCCCCAACGGCGAAAUGAGAUCUGGUUCAUUCGUCGCGGCCCAUAAGAACGUUUCAGAACAUGCCUGUUUAUGAGUUGCUGAAUGCCUCCAAAUGAAGGGGAGGGGCCAGUUACAAUCAAACCCCGCUUUAUCCUUUUUAUCGUUGUGUGUUCUGUUAUGCAAAGCUUUUGUUUUGAUCAAUGAAUAGAGAAACUUCAUUUCGAAAUAGACUAUAUAUACAGAUUAUACCAUUUAAAUACACACUGUAUAUAGCCUGCUGUUGAUUUCAAGGUGAACACAUGGAUUGACAGGUUUUCAUAAGAAAUAUUAGUGGAGUAACUUCAGUCUGGAAUUGUUUUUAGCAAGGAUAGUAAAAAAGAAAUAUUUGCGCUUGUGGGGGUGAUGCUUCCUAUGUUUUAUUCUUGAUUUAAAUGGGUUCUACACUACUUGAAUUGACUGUUAUUUUCUUUCUUUUUUUAGAUAAUACCAUUUCUAGGUUUUCCAUUUUCUUCUAAUAUGGCAUUGUCCAAUUACUCCAUGUAAUAUUUGCACGACUGAACUGUAAAAAUCCCUCAAUGUCUGUUAUAGCAUGAUAUUUGCAGUAUAUGUUGAUGAAAAUGGCUCGAAUUUAAGUCUGAAAACAGGAAUUCAUGCUAUUUCAACAAAAUCACAUUUUCUUUAUCAGAUUUUUUUUUUUUUAUGUUAAAAUAUCUAAACGAAUUUAAAACAAGAAACAUUUGCUCGAGAAACAAAAUUGUUUUGUUUUCAGAGAUGAUCUGUUUGAAUUACCUCAAUUUUUCUUUUGCAAUUGGAAAAUAGUUUUUAUUUAUGGGGGAAAUGCACGCAAGGCUCUCACUCUCCAGUAAUAUAAAAUAGUUGGGCCAUAAAAUAAUUGUUUAUGGCCCAAUUAUUUUAUUAGGCCAUAAACAUGAAAAAGCCAAUGUGUAUUGACAGACUAACUGCUUCUGUCAAGCUAUUUAGAUUUACACCUAAAACAAGAAAAAUCUAUUUGCAAAUGGGGUAAAUUAACUUGAUUCUAGACAUUCUCUGAAAACAAGGAUUUAAUAUCUUUUGCAGUUUUGUUUUGUGUAAAUUUAUUUUACACAUUGUUUAAAAAGUCAGAAAUACCGAUUAUUUUUUUGCAUUGUUUGUUUUACAGUUGGGUAACAUGGAAAAAUGUCUCCAUAUUUGAUAUACAUUUUAAAGUUUGUCAUUUAAAUUGUGAUUUGGAAGACUUGUGAGAUAUAUUUUUUGCUGCAUUUAACAGGCCACCAAACCAUUUGUAACUCAUACUGUAUAGAUUUUUGUAGUUUCUCUUAAGUCAGAAACAAAUAUGUUUUUAUCAUAUGGACCAGUUAAAUUAUUAUUUGUUAGAUUUUGGUAGCGUAUUAAAGUUUAAAGCAGUGAGGACAAUAGUUACACAGCAUGGUUUCUUACGGGUAUGCUGUUGAUGUUGUUGCAUUUACAAAUUUAACUGUAUUUAGACAUUUUCAAAUGAUUGGGACCACUUGAUUAUAUCUGAUAUUAUCUGAGAGAUGAAAAAGCCCUUGGUCCUGGCUUCAGUUGAUCGGGAUAAACUUCUCUUUGCAUCGAUAUUGUAUCUGAUUGAAUUACUACAGUAUUGGUCUAUUGGACGCAACUGCAUUAACUUUUAUCAAUGUUUUUUGUUGUUGUGUUUUAUCCAAUAUUGUCUGAAAAGAUUUUGAAACAUCUGAGGUAAGUAUUUUUUUUUAAACAGCAUAACUAUUGAAAGUACUGAUUUAACAUACUUUUACAUGUUUCCUUUGUGUUUUGUCAAAUUAGAAGCUUGGAUUGUAAUUUUGUGGAUUCAUUUGCACAAGUACAUUUAUCAUUUUAAACAUACUCCCGCUUUCUAAAAUAACAGUACUGCUGUUAAUAAAAAAAAUUAUAAACUUUAUUUUUAGAGCACUCUGCAUUGUAGUAGAUUAGCUUGCUUUACAGAAAUAAAAAUAAAGGUUAAAGCUGAAGUAUGUAAUUUGCAAAAUAUUGCAGAAUGUAUUGCAAAAAAUUUUUUCAAACAGGUUUCCUGAAUACUCCCUUACUUGCAGUUGUCUCUGCAUAUUAUGCUGGGAUAGGGGAAAAUGUCUCAAAAAUUUUUUUUCAUUAUUUCAUAAUGUACCAACUUUGGGGGUUCACUGUAUAAUUACAGCAUGCAAGCUAAGACAGAAUCUCUUAUGGAAGCAAAAUUGACAUUGUAACAAAAUGAACCAAAAUCAUAUCAGAAUUGAAUCAAAUCCAAAUGCAUUUUUUUCUGCCAGCCAAAAUACUGCCAAAAGAAGCUAAAGCAUCAAGCAACUCACUCUGCACUUCACUUACAGUAUACUCUGUUUUUGAACUAAUGGUGAACUUCUGAAUUUAAGCAGUGCUGGGUAUUGAUUACAAAUUACAUUACUAAAAUUGCAAUCAGUAUUGUAAUCUCUUGGAUUACAUUUUAGGUUAUAUAAUCUGAUUAUUUUUGGAUUACCUUAACAAGCUCUGACCUUUAUUUGAUACCACAUACAUUUGAGUUGGAUAAUCUAUACCAUUUGGACAUAAUGCUGCUUAAAUGCAUUUAAGAACACUUAAUGAAUCAAAAUAUAAUUGAUAUGCUUUUUGUGUUCUACUCGCUAUUUGUCUGUCACUGAUUGAAAUAAUAAGAGGCACUUAAGGGGUCAUGAAACACAAAAAGCCAUUUUAAUUGAUAUAUAGAGGGUUUUCUUUAUGUUUGAUUUUUUUUUUUUUUUUUCGGACUUUAAGAAUCAAUAAUUAGUGAUGGUCAUUGGAUAUAAUGUAGACAUAGUAUUUCAUCAUCAGAGUUUAGCAGCUUGCAUUAUUAUUCAUCCUGAGAAGGCAUGGUCUAAUGUAUAUCAAUUGUAGGCUGAUCAAGAGUGAAAAAUUUAAUAGGAGAAUUAUGGGGAAUUUACUGCUGUUUCCUGAUAAAUAUGUAAUCAUGUAAUCCAUAAAAAAGUAAUCUGAUCUAAUAAGUAUUUGAUUUUUGUAAUCUGAUAAGUAAUCUAUGUAAAUUACAUAAUUAGAUUAAUCUGAUUUUAAGUGAACAAAUAAUUUUCAUUCACUUUCAUCAUUUAGGUGGUGAACACAUGUUUUUAACAAAUAAUUUGAGUCAAUGAUUGAAUGACUCAUUACGUAAAAGACGCUCAUUGAUCACCACUUACUGGCAUAAAUUAAAGAUGCAAUCUUCUGAAAUGGUCACUGAACAAAUCAGUGAUUGAAAUCAAAAUGUACAAUGAAUCAAAAUCCCCACCACUAUUUGAAAGACAUGGAGAAGCGGAGUGAUACAAAUAGUGAGGUGUCCCAGUGCUCUUCCAACCAGAUUCUAGGACCAGAACUAACUAUUGUAUAGUACGUAGAUCAUCAAUAAAGAGAUUAAAGAUUUUACAUUAAUUUACACACUUUAGUUUUUUUCUCCCUUUGUUUUCAUUUUUAUCAAUGUAUUAAAAUAAUGCUGUAUUACUGUUUU